AUGCCUGACAAGUGGGAUGAAGAAUCGUCCUCCGAGGAGUCACCCGAGCCAACACCCGCACAAAAUACCAGUUCGAACCGAAGAAAGUUUGACGACGAAGAGGAUGAUGAUGAAGUCUUAGAUUCCUGGAGUGCUGCCGAGGACUCUGAAGUCGAACGCGAAAAGGCAAAGGUUGAAACCGAACGAAAAGCCAAGGCCGAUGCAUUGGCUGCAGCAAAUAAGAAGUCGAAAGCCCAGCGUGUCGCUGAAAAGCAAGCCGAGAGAGCACGCGAACUCGCAGAUGGUAGCGAUGAGAGCAGUGAAGAAGACGAGGCUUCAAGGAGAGAACGCCUUCGACGAACUGAACAAGAUUCCGACUUGAAGCACGCGGAGGACCUUUUCGGCAACAUUGGUAUCAAUUCCCGUAAGGACACAAGUGCUGCGAAUGCAGUGCAAAUCGAUGAAAAGAAUCCUGCCGCCACCGUUGAUCUGACAACGCUCCCACUUUUCGAUCCAAGAACAAAGCCGCAAUUUGAGAAGCUCCGCGAAACUCUCGUCCCGCUCAUUGCUAAUAACGCCAAGAAAGCACAAUAUACCAUUUUCUUGCAAGAAUUCACCAAACAGAUCUCCAAGGAUCUUCCAAGUGAUCAAAUCAAGAAGAUCGCCAGUACACUGACAGCUUUGGGUAACGAGAAAAUGAAGGAGGAGAAGGCAGCCGAGAAGGGAGGAAAGAAGUCCAAAGCACAGAAAACCAAGACUACCUUGAAUACAAGCAGAAACAUGACAUCCAAUACUGACACCCAGGCUUACAAUGAAGAUUUUGGAGAGUAA